CUCCCCACUCUCACCACCACCAGCCGCCGCCGCCACCGCUCCUCCUCCAUUUCCAUCUCCGUCAGCUCCAAGGAAGCCAUGUCCGGCCGCGGCAAGGGAGGGAAGGGCCUCGGCAAGGGCGGCGCGAAGCGCCACCGGAAGGUGCUGCGGGACAACAUCCAGGGCAUCACCAAGCCGGCGAUCCGUCGUCUGGCUCGGAGGGGCGGCGUGAAGCGCAUCUCGGGGCUCAUCUACGAGGAGACCCGCGGCGUGCUCAAGAUCUUCCUCGAGAACGUCAUCCGCGAUGCGGUCACCUACACCGAGCAUGCCCGCCGCAAGACCGUCACCGCCAUGGACGUCGUCUACGCGCUCAAGCGCCAGGGACGCACCCUCUACGGCUUCGGCGGCUGACCUGCACCUCCUGCUGAUGCUCCAGCCAGUCGACUCUGCUACCUGCUGCUGUUCCAUCGGUCUGUGUAGUUAGUGGAAGGUGAUGGAUCUGAAUGCAAUUGAAAUUGUUGGUUCUUGCAACAAAUGAAUCUGAAUGCAAUGGAAAUAUAUUGUGCUGCA